CGCGUCUCCUAGCGAGAAGCAAACAAUUCGAUGAGAUUUGUUACUGGUUGCAUGCGUAACCAUAACACAACUUGGACAGUUUGUUAUUCAUCUUUGACAGGUUAACAGAAAGCUUUGCUGUUUUUGUUUUGUGAUGAAACUCUUGGAACUGAGCGCAGAGGCGUAAGAUCCAUCCUGACAAUUUAGAACGGUUGAUGUGAUAACUUUUGUCAUAGUGAUAUCCUUACUAAAAACAACUACUAGUAGAAUCUGCUUUUGCACAAAAAGUGCGUUGUGCAUGUCAAGUAAUUGUAUUGGUCAAAUACGAAAACGUGUAAGAAGGACUUGGACACCCAGUUUUGACUAUGCCUCUCGAUUUGGGAAUGUAUGACAGCCGUGCGGAUUAUAAAUCCGAAAAACAGUGUCAGAGAACAUCGUUCGCCUUUUACCAAGCAGUGAGGGACUUGUUACCAGUAUGGGUGCUGGAGGAUAUGCGAACAAUGGAGGUGUUUCACUGGGAGGACGAUGGACGUGCGUGCGCUUACUCCCCGUGCGAGGCUAUGUUGUAUGCACUGGUGCACGACCAUCAGCAGUACGCGAGGUACCUCCUAAAUCGCUAUUCAAUCCAAGCGCUGGAGAUGCCAAGUCGAAGCUUCUGCUGCUGUCAAGCGUCUACCACGCCGCACCUCAACAUCGCCGUCCGUUACAACCGCGUCAACAUUCUUAAAAUGAUCAUGGACUCUGCCAGAGUCUUCUCGGAAACUGAGAGGCAGAGCUAUCUGAACCGCCACGGUUGUGUUCACAUCGAUGGCGGCAAGACCGCACUGCAGCUCACUUGUGACUUGGUGCGCCCUGAAUGUUUGAUCCUGUUGCUGGGGCACGGUGCCUCCCCUUACGUGACGGACCGCUCUGGUGAUACCCCUUUGGACUGCCUCCUGAAUCAGAUAUGUCAGAGCGAUUUCGAUAUGCGGCGGAAGCACGUUUGUCUUGGCUACCUCAUCCUCUUCAUGCCAGAGUUGCGUUUCCGGAUGAAGAGCCAGCUGCAAACGAACGCGCUGCAGUGGAAGACGCUCCUGGGCGAGCAGGCGUUCCAGUGGCUCUCGGGGACGGCCCCUCCGUCCCUGUUCGUGCAAGCCAUGCAGAAGCUCACACAGUCCAUCCCCCCUGAACAGCUGGAUUCUCUUCCAGAUUUCCUCAAGCCACCUGACUUCAGACUGCACCAGCUGCAGAAAAUGGCAUAGACUUUUUGCCACCAAAACUCAGGGAUGGAAUACAUUGUAAAUAGUUUCACAGACUGGAAUGUUGGGACUUCUGCUGUAAAUAACUGUUGGAUAUUGUGGGUAUGGUUUUAAAUAUUGCAUUUAAAAAGACUAGCAUUUUAGCCAUGUACAGUGUGUAAAUAAAAGGUCAUUUUCUUUGUAAAAAAUUA